AUGUUGGAAACCCCGGUUCCCUCCUCCGGAGCCAAUCAGCGCGUUGCCGAGGCCCGGGGGCGGGGCCUUGCCCCGGGGAUCGGGGGGCGGAUCCUGCGCGUGACUGACAGAUCCCCGCCCGGCACUUUCUCUUCCCUCAGCCAAUCCGCUUUCGCCGCCGCGGCCCGUGGGCGUGGCCCUGUCGUGACGGACACCGCCCGGGGCGUGGUCCGCGCCGCCGCGCUGCCUGCCGGGAGCCCCGGCCGCCCCUGUCCAUCACCGCCAACCCCGGCGGCCGGGACCGCGCGGCCUUUAAUUCAUUUCAUUUCUUCCCCUCCGACUUUAAUUCUUUUCCCCAUUUCCCGCCCCCGGGGGUCACGUGACGCCGCGGGUGACCCGGAAGCGGCCCCCGCGGGUGACCCGGAAGCCGCCCGGUGCCGGGGUCCCGGGUCCGGGAGCCGCGGGCGCCGCCGCUGCCUCAGUUUCCCUUUUCCUGUCCCCGAAGGGCCGCUCCUUAAAGGCGCAGGGCGCGGACGGGACCCGUCCGGGCCGCGGCGGCUGCCGGGGGUUGCGAGCGCGUGGGGUCAGGCCGGGCCCAGGAUUCACUUCAUUGCUUCCCAGGUCCCCGAGGAUCCAUGUUCUCCGCCCGCGCACACGCGUGACGCCGCCCUGCGCCGAGCCAUGAUCCCCCGGCUUCACAGCCCGGGCCACGCCCACCGCCGCCAUCGCCCGCGAUCUUCGCCGUGACCCCGCGACCUCCACGGCGACCCCCGGCCCGGCCCAAACACGCGUCGUCAUGCCAUCGCCACGCUAGCUACCGCGCAGCGCGCACAUCGGCCAUGCCGACCCCGGCGUGA